AUGAGUAAUAAAGAACCAAAUAAUGAAAUUCAUAAAAAAUCAGGAGAUGAAUUAGAUGGAGGACCACCAAAGACGGAAAAAAAGUUAAAACUUUCUUCACCUUAUGGUGGAGAAUCUUUAUAUUAUUUUUGGAAUUAUGAAGAAAAGUACAAAAAUAAAAAUAAAGUUAUUGUUGCAGAGAUAGUUGAUUUAGUAAGGAUAACAAAACAUAAAAUAAAAGAAAUAAAUGAUGUUUUAAAACAACAUGGACAUGAUAUAAAAUCUAUUGAACCAUAUUAUAAUUUAGAUAAUCUUAGAAUCUUAUGUAGAACUUUUAAUAAAGCUGUGAAACAACUUGGUGAAACAUAUUAUAGUAUUGCUAAAGCUGAUAAUAAAUUAGGUAAUGGUGGUGAACAAUUUCAAGAAAUUAUCAAUAGAGUUUAUAACAAAGCUGUUGUUGAUGUUAAUGCUCUUAAUAAACAUUAUGGUGCUUUUUCUUCAGAAACUUAUGGUGAAACUACAUGGAAAAGAAUGCAAACAAUUUUAGAAGAAUUAAAAUUAACAGAUAAAGAUGUUUUUGUUGAUCUUGGUAGUGGUGUUGGUCAGAUAGUAUGUCAAGUAGCUGGAUCAUCAAAAGUUGGUAAAGCUAUAGGAAUUGAAGUUGCUGAUCUUCCAGCAAAAUAUGCUCGUAGAAUGGAAUUUGAAUUUUCUAGAUUAAUGAGAUGGCAUAACAAAACAUUUAGACAAUUUAAACUUUAUCAUGGAAAUUUUUUAGAUAUGAAAUAUAGAAAAUUAAUAACAGAAGAAGCGACAGUUAUAUUUAUUAAUAAUUAUGCUUUUCAUGAAAAAUUAAAUAUGGAAAUAAAAAGGCAUCUUCUUCAUGAUUUAAAAGAUGGUGUAAAAGUUAUUUCCACAAAACCAUUUGUAAUUCAUAAAGAAAUAACUGAAAGAACAUUAAAUGAUGUUAGUAGUAUAAUGGAUAUGAAUGAAUUUAAACCUGUUAAUUGUCCAGCUUCAUGGACUAAUAAACAUGUACCUUACUACCUUCAAACAGUUAAUAGAGAAAGAUUAAUGGAAUAUUUUAGUAGACAAAAAAGAGCAAGAGAUUUAAGAGAGAUGAAAGAAACAAGAAUAUCAAGAGGUAGUUCAGUUUCUUCUACUAGAGUGGAUGGAUAUAAUGAUAAAAAAGAUAGUAUUGAUGGUAAAGAAUCUACAAAACAUAAAGAAAGUAAAAAUAGUAAUAAAGAAUUGGGACAUGAACGUAAAAGUCAUAAAGACUCUGGAGAUGAAAGAAAAAUAUCUAAAGAUAAUAGUAUGAGAAAACAUAAAGAAAAUGUUGUAAGAACCCAUUCGUCCGGUAGUCAUGAUAGUAAAGAUGACAGAGAAACUAAAGAUGUAUCAAUAAAUUCUAAGGAGUCAAAUACAAAUGAAUCAUCGUCUAAAGAGAAUAGUAAAGAAAGUUCAAAAAAAGCAUUAGUGGAAGAAGACACAGAAAUAGUUUAUGGUGCGACGACCAGGAAAAAGUGGAAAGCAAUUAUUGGAGAAAUAUCUGAAAAAGAUAAACAUUCACACUCAAAUUCUUCUACUGGAAUUAACAUGAACAUAAACAAUAAUCAAGACAUAGCAACACCAUCGACAAAUGAAACAGAUAUAAAGAAAAAAGGUAACGUUUCAGAUUUAAGUAAAGAAAAACCAAAAAUUAAACAUGGACAAAGAGGUCGUCCAAAAAAGAUUGUAACAACUAUAUCUGUAAAUGGGGAACCUGCAACAAAGAGCGAUAAAACUGAAGUUAAAAUUACUCAAGAAGAUAAAGAAGCAUUAGAAUUGAUGGAAAAAUUAAGUGAAGAAGCCGUCGAGAAGGUGUCUCAUGAAAAAAGUAACAAUGCUACUACAAUUAUUGAGAAACCACAAGAAAACGAUAAACAAAGUAUAAUUGGUAUAGAGACUGAAAAUGAGAAAGAUCAUAAUAAGGAUGAUAUGAUGAUAGUAGAAAUUCCUGAAAAUGAUUUUACAAUAGAAGAUGUCACAAAUAUACCAUAUAUUCCUUCAAAAGAUCCCUCAAUAAUAAAAUCCGUAGAUGUAGUUUUAGAGGAACAACGCCAAGAAAUUUUAAAAUUUAUUGACUUUAUGUAUUCAGAUGAUUUUCGAAGGCAAACAGAGAUAAAAAUAUUAAAACAACGUCAACUUCGUGAAUCUAAAAUUCAAAAAAUAAAUGCUCUUAAAACAAUGAUAGCUCUUCAACAAGAAGAAGGAAAACAGCUUCUUACAACUAGGAUUAAAGAAGUAGGCAUAGAUGCUAAAACAGCUCCAGAAUUUAUAGAUGCAGCAAAAUUAAUUGUUGAGACAAAUAAAAUUAAACAAAAAAGAUUAGCAAAUUUGGAAAGAGAAAUAGCUGCUGCAGAGAGGACAUAUGAAGAGUAUCAGGCAAGAAUUAAUGCCAAAAAUGCCCAUGAUAAAAGUAUAACAGAUGUAGUUAAUUCAGUAGCCAAUGAAAAUUUAAUCGAAGAUUCGAUUGAUAGUAUUAUUAACAGUGUUGCAAAUAAUAGUUUACCAUCAAGUACUUCAGAUUCUUAUUGUAAUACACCAACACCAUCAUUGGAUUAUCUUAGCCAAAAAAGAAAUGCUAGAGGAAAAUCAAUCGUCAGAAGUGUUGGAAGUAAAAAAGUUGGAGGAAGUAAAAAAAGUUCAGUAGAUAAAUCGACGCCAGAUAUAACAGAUGUUGAAUCACAAGUUGAAAAUAUAUUGAAAAAAAUUCAAAAUCAAAGUAAAGAACAAGAAUCUUUAAAAUCACAACAACGAUUGAAGGGUGAUAGCAAAAAACGUUCCAACGCCCUAAAUUUAUCAUCGUCUUCUGCAACACAAGUAUCACUAUCCUCACUUAAUUCAAUACCAAUUAAGAAAAAACGCUCUAAUGGUAGUAUUCAUAGUAGUCUUUCAAGAUCAAAAUCUCCUCAAUUAAAUGUUAAUCUUGAAAAUUCAGUUAGUAAUCUCAGUAUAAAACAACAUCCUCCUUCCACAACAAAUGGCAACAAUGAAGGAAUUUAA